AUCGUUACGUUUGUGGCCGCGUUGAAGCGCGAUAGUACGGUAUUGCAUUUGUUUCAGUGGUAAUAGGGAAGUUCUUUCCUGUAACUGCCGUUAGGCAGCGUAGUGUCCGCAAUAUGGCGAUGAGAAGGGUGCUUGUAGCGUUCGAAAAGUAUGCUUACCGUGAUUAUUUAGCAGGCAGUUUAACACCUAAGUUUUGCAGAAGCAUCUCAACUUCAAGAGCAAACCAUCCGAAUAUAAAAGAAAGGGAGGUUGUAGAAGAAACGACAGAAGCGAAGGUGGCGCUGCCCGUGCUGUCGGUGGUGUCCCGCGGCGUGGCCAGCGACUCGACGGACCUGAAGGCGGUGCUCACCGAGAAGGCGGCGCGCGAGCUGGAGCGAGUCAAGGCCUUCCGCAAGCAGUACGGCAGCACCAAGGUCGGCGAGGUCACCGUCGACAUGAUGUAUGGAGGUAUGCGUGGCAUCAAGGGUCUGGUGUGUGAAACUUCAGUGCUGGAUCCGGAAGAAGGCAUCCGCUUCCGCGGCUACUCGAUCCCGGAGUGCCAGAAGCUACUGCCGAAGGCUCCGGGUGGCAAUGAACCCCUCCCCGAGGGCCUUUUCUGGCUGCUCAUCACCGGUGACAUACCCAACGAGGCUCAGGUGAAGUACCUGUCGAAGGAGUGGGCUAACCGGGCUGGCCUGCCUUCACACGUGGUGACGAUGCUGAACAACUUCCCCACCAACCUGCACCCCAUGUCACAGUUCAGCAGUGCCAUCACCGCCCUCAACACGGAGAGCAAGUUCCUCAAGGCAUACAGCGAGGGUGUCCCCAAGGCCAAGUACUGGGAGUACGUAUACGAAGAUGCGAUGGAUCUCAUCGCGAAACUGCCCGUUGUGGCUGCCAUGAUUUACCGCAACACUUACAAGGAGUCGAAGGGCAUCGGAGCUAUAGACCCCAAGAAGGACUGGAGCGCAAACUUCUGCCAGAUGCUCGGCUAUGACAACCCGGAGUUCACCGAGCUAAUGAGGCUGUACCUCACAAUCCACAGUGACCACGAGGGUGGCAACGUGAGUGCACACACGGUUCACUUAGUGGGCUCGGCGCUGUCCGAUCCUUACCUCUCCUUCGCCGCCGGAAUAAAUGGCCUCGCCGGACCUCUUCACGGGCUCGCCAACCAGGAGGUGCUGAUCUUCCUGAAGAAGGUGCAGGCAGCGCUGGGCGACAACCCGUCGGACGACAAGCUGAAGGAGUUCAUCUGGCAGACACUGAAGUCGGGCCAGGUGGUGCCCGGCUACGGCCACGCGGUGCUGCGCAAGACAGAUCCGCGCUACACCUGCCAGAGGGAGUUCGCCAUGAAGCACUUGCCCGAUGACCCGAUGUUCAAGUUGGUGGCCCAGGUGUAUAAGGUGGUUCCCCCCAUCCUGAUGGAGACCGGCAAGGUGAAGAACCCGUGGCCAAAUGUGGAUGCCCACUCUGGCAUCCUCCUGCAGUAUUACGGACUGAAGGAGAUGAACUACUACACGGUCCUGUUCGGAGUGUCGCGUGCCCUGGGUGUGAUGGCGUCACUCGUCUGGGACCGCAUCUUCGGCCUGCCCAUCGAGAGGCCCAAGUCGAUGUCGACUGACGGCCUCAUGAAGAUGGUGAAGGGUUCGGCGAAGGCCGCAUAGACGCUCGCGAAGCACGCGUCUGUCGAGUGGGGUGGCGUCGGAGAUCAUGUCCUGCCCGUCGGCCCUGCUAAAUCUUUUAGGCGAAACAAAAAUGAGAAUGAGAGGGAAGUGUGUAGUGUGAGUGCUGACGGUUGAUAGUUAAUAAGUGUGAAUGUCGUCUUGUUUCUACCGAGUGUUUAAUGAAAAUGUUAGAGUGGCUGUGUGAAUGAUUGUACGUCUGUGGGAAUGAACAAAAUUGCAUUCGUGAUAUUUGCAAGUGGGAGGGGAAGCACAGAAAUGCAGUCAGUCGUGGAAUGUACCGACAGUAGUAGAGAGAUUGCCGUAGCGUCGUGUAGCGGAGGUGUAAAUUCCCUGCCUUAGAUGGAAAGGAAGUAGCAGACAAUAAUGUAGGCAUUCUGGAUGUGCACAUCUAGGAAGCAGCUCGGCUUAGCUAUCUUCGAACUGUAGUACAUGUCGGUAAUUGACACAGGGUUCCACGCUUUGUUUGCAGCUACAGUGCAGGAAUUAUUAAAUAAGAAAGCAGUUGUGCCGUAGACGGUUUAUUUGUAAUUGCGUCGAGGCACUACAGAGUUGUAAAUUUUCACAAUGCCGUCUUCAAUUAUUCACGGUUUUUGUGUUGCGGUGGAUGUUACAGGAGCAAAUAGUAGUAAGUUUCCAAACUGCCAGGAGCAGACAGUUCCUCUGAAGGAACAGCCCAAGUACUUAAUAGGCGAUGCGGUAGUUAAAUAGUUGUGACAAUUGUCAACCGCGGACUUCUCAGUACCUCGUAGCACUAUUUUGUCCCACCUUCAGACGCUGAGCCUAUAUUUCACCAUUACCUUAUUAGCGAUGUCGGUCGAACCAGUUUCGGCAGCGUAACCGUCGGACAUCUUUUGGAGAUCUUCUUUCUAUAAGAGAAGGAUCUGCCUCAAAAUUUGAAAUGACCGUUGGAGGCAGCUUUUGUGCACACACAUAGUUCUGUGAUGGCUGCCUCAACUAGAAAUUCCAUUGCUCGGCUGUGUCUUGUAAAAGGAUAGUGUGGUAUUGUCUCCAACAAAGCUUACUGUAAAUGGAAGGGUGUUUGAGAGUGGGGCAGCAUCAUUUGUUUAUAAUCACAAAUUAAAAUGUAGUGUACCACAUACUUAACAUGAAUUGUGUUGAUAUAAAUUUGUUAUGAAUUAUUGGAGAGUGUUGAGUGGAUGUGAUUUCAACACAGUCUGGAGAUCUGUAUCUUAAUACAUGUAUUCUCCAUGUCUGUGGAAACAAACUACCUCUCCAAGCUCCUGAAAUGAAAUGUAUGUGAAUGAAAUGUGUUUCAAAUUGGUUGCUCACUUACACACACACACACACACACACACACACACACACACACACACACACACACACCUCCACACCUCUUUAGAUGGAAAAUUAUGUAAAGAAGAAAAUGAAAUUGCAGUUUUGAUGAAAAAUGAGAUAGUAUGUGAGACUUGUUUUACACAAAGUAAGUGUGUGUGGGCCACUAGUAGAAGUAAUCUUUGGUAAAGGAUAAACACUGCCUUACUGUGCCGAAUUUGAAAUGCAAAGGCUUAGCGUUUGUAAUAAAUAGGAAAAAGAAACUGGUCAUGAUUUUAAGAGAAGAUGGUUGCCACAGCACUCGGUAUAUAACUGUUAGCCACUGCGUGGUGUAUAUUUUAGUGAUCCCUGUAAUAGUACUCUUGUUAAAAUGCUCAUAUCUGCUGGUCAGGAUUUCUUAGUGAUAUUGUUGUAAUAAUAUUUAUGUAUAAUUUAUUUAUUUAAUCACCUGUGUAUGAUCCCUGUGAUAAUUGUGUUUAUCUGAAAUUAUUAAUGAAUGGUGGGUUACGGGAGGUGAAUGUGCGUGUGAAGCAUUAUUUCCAUUACUGCUUUUUCGGCUUAUUUCCAUGUCUUAAAUCCUUAAGAAAUCUUGACAGUGUUGAGUGUGGCAGCAAUAGUUGUAAAAUUUCUUGUUUGUAAAAAUAAAUGAACCGACAGUACAAUAACUGUUA